ACAUCGUUCGAUUUCUUUUCGUAAGAAUUAUCACAGUAUUUUGAAAGAGCCAACAAACAAACAACGACUGAGUUUUAUUUCAAACUACGAAGCCGACAAAAACUGCUGGAAGGCAAAACUAAGAAAUAAUCUUACUGCACACAGUAUCUCAUCGAUUAGCAUCUAAUCACUUUAAGUUCUCGCCCGAAGACAUCAGAUCUCGAACAGAUACACCUCUAUCGUUCAACUUAAUUUUCCAACGAACACCCCGAUAGAAACAAACAGAGCACUAUGUCCCUCGAAACCGCAACAAGUCUCCUCUCGGAGCUCAAAGCCAAAUUCGAAGCAGGCGAUGUCGUGGGGGGGAAAGAAACCCUGACGAAACUGAAGAUUCACAUGCUUGACUUCCCACCAGGCUCCCCGAGUCACACCCAAAUAAUGGUAGAAAGCCUGGAAAUUGGAAUCCUAAUGAUGGUCGAGGACGGAGAUCUGGACUCCUUUGCUCGCAACGUUGCCCAGAUCAAACCCUUGUACGCCUCCCUAGGCGCCCCGGGCACCCCCCGCAAGAGCCACAUCAUAGGACUGAACCUUAUGAACCUCCUCAUCGACAACCGGCUCUCGGAAUUCCACGCCGAACUCGAAAUUCUGACCGAAGAAGAAUCCAGAAACCCCUUUGUCACCUUCCCCAUCAAUCUGGAGCGGCAGCUGAUGGUUGGUAUCUACGACGAAGUCCUGAGCGUUACCGUUCCCGACUCAACAUAUCAAUUCUUUGUCGACAACUUGUUGCAGACCGUCCGGGACAGCAUCGCCGAUUGUAUGGAGGUUUCCUACAAGAACAUGAAGCUUUCCGAUGCCAUGACCAUGAUGAAAUUCGGAGCCGAGCAGGAACUCCUGGAAUACAUCGAAGAAUGCAGGGACGACUGGAUCGUGGAAGCGGACACACUUUGCUUCCAACCUCCUCCGUCGGGGUCAAAGGCCGGGGACAUUCCUUCGAUCAAAAUGAUCAACCAGAAUCUGAGCUACGCGACAGAGAUGGAACGAAUCGUAUAGAAGAAAUGAUUCGAAAGAAACUAGAAACACGCACCAACACAAACACACACGCAAUCGCACCCAUACGCACUCUAACAAACUGGAAAAGGGCUGACUUUUACUUUUUAUCGUAACGUAUUCUACCAAUAACGAGUACCGGAAUCACGAUUUAGAAUUUUCAUGAACGUUUUGUCGUUGAAAUAGAAGAUGCCACUCUAG